CCGAUCCCCAAAAUCGAAACCCCAAUUCGGAUUUUGAACCCCAGUUUGAAGAGAGAUGUAUGCGAACCAGUUCGAAGGCAGCGCCGCCUUCUCCGGCGGCGGUUUCAUGCCCUCUCAGGCCACUCAGACCGCCGAUCCUUUCUUCUCUACCUCCAAAAAUCGAGAUUCCCAGCCAUUGCUUCCUUUAACGGUGAAGCAAAUAAGCGAAGCUUUUCAGUCCAGCGAUGACAAAUCGAAUUUCCUAAUUGAUGGUGUCGAUGUGAACAAUGUUAAAUUGGUGGGGAUGGUUUUCAACAAAACGGAAAGGGUUACUGAUAUUUUCUUUGUGUUAGACGAUGGCACAGGACGCAUUGAUUGCAAUAGAUGGGUAAAUGAAGCUGUGGACACGAAAGAAGUAGAGGGAAUAUCGGAUGGAAUGUAUGUUCGGGUUCAUGGACACUUGAAAGGCUUUCAGGGUAAAAGACAUUUAGUGGCCUUCUCUAUCAGGCCUCUGACUGACUAUAAUGAGAUUCCAUACCACUUUGUUGAGUGUAUGUAUGUCCAUUCGUACAACACCAAAUUACAGAAACAACACGGUGGUGCCUCUACUGUCAAUAUGACAAGUUCAGCAGUUAACACCCCUUCAAAGGGAUAUCAAGCUACCCCGCCGAAUCAAUAUGUUGGCAAUUAUGGCAUAGAUGGACUCAAGGGCAUUGAUCAAGUAGUCAUGGACUAUCUGCAGCAACCUGCAUGCCUAUUGUUGCUGUUAACCCUUGAAAUCUUCCACUGUUUCAGUACACGGGAAAAGGGGGUGCACGUGACUGAAAUUUCCCAACAAUUAAACAUGCCGGUGGACAAAAUCACAAUAUCAAUCAAGGCUCUGGAAGAGGAAGGGCUGGUUUACUCGACAAUUGAUGAAUAUCACUUCAAGUCCACUGGCAAUGGUUAAUAAUAUCUUGCACAUCUACAAAGUGAAACCAGACUUGAAAAUAGCUCUUCGAAGUUCUAAUUAGGUUAUGCUUUUAGAUCUUUCCAUUUUUCUGUCAUAUAUUAAAUAUAUAGAUGUUCAGAAUCUUUUGUUUUGUUAGAGUAUGAGGUGAUCAUGUUUACAUUAUAUGUUAAUAGACAUAUGCUUAAGCAAUUAAAUGAGAUGGUUACGAUAAUAUAAUAAAACAAUCAUAUAAUAUGAGUA